AGUUCACGGUAGUUACAGAUAGUAACCCGCUCACAUACAUAUUGACUUCUGCUAAAUUAGAUGCCACGAGUUACAGGUGGCUUGCGGCUUUGUCUAACUACAACUUUAAGUUACAGUACAGAGCGGGCAAACAAAACCUAGACGCUGAUGGGUUGUCUAGACGUCCCCAUGGUGAACUUGUGAAUGAUGCCCAGUCCAGAAAAGAGCAGGAGCGCGUGAGCCGGUUUGUGGAGAGUCACUUGGCUGACGUUAACACCACAGAGCAUAUAGACAGCAAUGUUGUCCAAGCGAUUUGUCAGUCACAAAUAGUGAAAGUCAGAGAUGAGAGUCAGGAUAGUGGUAUUACACUUGUAGAGUCACUUACCGUCUCGGCUGAUGCAAUUCCAGACAUCUAUGUUUCAGAGGAACACAACAGCUUGCCAACUAUUCCUGCUUUGUCCCAGUCAGAAUUGAGGGAGAAACAAAGAGCAGACUAAACAAUCCAGAAAGUUAUUGAACAACUGGAAAAUGGUCAGAGACCUCCACCGUCUGCUAGAAAGGAACUCCCAGAACUUCCUCUUUUGCUUAGGGAACUUAAUCGGUUGGAGAUUCACAAUAAAGUGUUGUACAGAAAAAGACAGGAAGGAGGCCACAUUACCCACCAGCUCAUUCUUCCAGAGGAGCUCAGAGCCCCCGUGCUUCAAAGUUUGCAUGAUGAUAUGGGCCACUUAGGUAUAGACAGAACCCUUGACCUGGUCCGAACACGUUUUUACUGGCCACGGAUGGCAACAGACAUUGAGCAAAAAGUAAAAACUUGUGACCGUUGCAUACGCCGAAAGACUCCUCCUGAGAAAGCAGCUAGCCUUGUCAACAUAGCCACUACUCACCCCUUAGAGCUAGUCUGCAUGGACUUUCUCAGUUUGGAACCAGACAGCAGUAAUACUAGCAACAUCCUAGUAAUGACUGAUCAUUUUACUAAAUUUGCCCUGGCAUUUCCCACUCCUGAUCAAAAGUCAAAAACUGUCGCCAAGUGCCUGUGGGACCAAUUCAUCGUCCACUAUGGCAUACCUGAGCGUCUGCACAGUGAUCAGGGUCCUGAGUUUGAGGUAAAACUAAUAAAAGACCUCUGCGAAAUAUCUGGCAUAAAGAAAAUCAGAACCACCCCUUACCACCCUCGGGGUAACCCCACCGAAAGAUUUAAUCAAACACUACUGAGCAUGUUGGGAACGCUGGAAUCCAAGCAGAAGUCCCACUGGAAGGACUAUGUUAUGCCUUUAGUGCAAGCGUACAACUGUACACGCAAUGAUGUCACAGGGUUUUGCCCUUACGAGUUAAUGUUUGGGAGAAAACCUAGACUGGCAGUUGAUCUAGCGUUCGGACUUCCUCUCAACAAGGACCAGAAAGUAACUCAUGUACAGUAUGUAGAAAGUCUCAAGAAGCGCAUUGAGGAAAGCUAUAAGUUAGCUUCUCAAAAUGCUCAAAAAGUGGCACACAAAAACAAGACCAGGUUUGACAAAAAAAUUACAGUUUCUGAACUUGAACCUGGGGAUAGGGUCUUAGUAAGAAACGUGCGGCUGCGUGGUAAGAAUAAGCUUGCCGAUAAAUGGGAGGCAGACAUCCACGUAGUGGUCAAACGUGCAGGUGACUUACCCGUUUAUACCGUUAGACCUGAGUCAAAACAAGGUCCCUCACGAACCUUACAUAGAGACCUUUUGCUUCCAUGCAGUUUCCUCCCUGUGUCCACAGAAAACUUACCUGAGCCAGUGCAGAUUCGCAGUCCUAAGACACGGCACACUACUGCUACAGAAAGCAAUGAUCAUGAAGAGUUAACUGAACCUAACAAUGAGUUUUUCAUUCAAUGGGUUGAGGAAUCCCCAUCUGAAGAAGUUGCCAGAUUUACUGUUGUACAUGAAUGUGGAAAAGCUCGACAACCGGACAUGACAAACCUACCUGAUUGUGACGUACUUGAACCUAAUAGUAAUGUGGAACCUGGAAUGGAGGGAAGUGUGUGUGAAGAUGAAAAUACUGAAAAUGAUAAACCUGUGGAAAACAAACUGGAUGAUGACAAGACUGAAAAUGAUAAACCUGUGGAAAACAAACUGGAUGAUGACAAGACUGAAAAUGAUAAACCUGUGGAAAACAAACUGGAUGAUGACAAGACUGAAAAUGAACCUGUGGAAAAUGAGAUUGUAACAAUUCAAGAAAGAUUUUGUGAGGAUUCAGUCGAAGAACAGGAAAACCAGUCAACUUAUUCACCUGAUGCGACUGACCAAAUUGAUCCCGUCACCACUCAACCUGUGAGACGAUCAGAAAGAAUCAGGCAACCUUCAAAGAGACUUGAGUAUUCCGAUUUAGGAAACCCUCUUGUGACUGUGGUUACAUCACUUUUUCAGGGUUUGAGUACCGCCUUCUCAGAGUCUCUUACCAAAAAGGAUGAACUGUAUUGGAUGCACAUGCAACGAGACGUGCAUGAUAUUUAAUGGGGGAGGGUGUAACCAAGUAGAGAAAACGACUUUUCUCUUCCUACUAUUUGUAAAAUAAUUUAGUUUUAAUUUGAAAAAACGUUUAUUUUGAAAGGAGGAAAUGUAAUUUUCACUCCGUCGCUUUACUUCCUGUUUUCACGAACACGUUGCGGUCUUUUUGCACUCUUGAACACGAGCUAGAGAGUCUGUGAGACUAGGUCUCUUGCGGUGCUCUUGCUGAAACCUCUUCUUGGUGAGUUUUCUGCAAGAUAAUGGUUGUAAACAAAUGUUAGCUCUGUUCAAAUACUAAUUGGAGAUGUUAAUUGUGUUAAGUGGAAAGGAAUACGAGCUAGAGAGGCUGUGUGACUAGGUCCCUUGCGGUGCUCGUGCUGAAACCUCAACUUGGCUAGGUUUUUUCCUGAUGGUUAAGAAAGCUGCGAAUCGGAUUCCUGGAUACCUGAUGUUCUCCGGAAGGGGAUGGCGAGCCUGUACCCAGAACUGAACCGAACUCUCAUCUGAAGAUCCCUCUUCAGAAGAUCCUCAUCCUCACGUGUUAACAAAGUGGUAACAACUCACACUGACGGAGAGGAAAAGAACUAAACUAUAAAAGGCCUU